AUGACUACUACAAAGAUGAUCAUUCAACAGCCCCAGGCAUUUGCCAUGGCAACGACAUCCAACCAAUGGAGCUCAGGCAUCUGUGACUGCACUAAAGACAUGAAAUCUUGCUGUUUGGCGUUUUGGUGCUUCCCUUGCUUUGCAUGUAUCACAGCGAAGGAAGCAGGAGAGUGUCUGUGUCUGCCGCUGCUUGACUGGUUCGGAGCCAUCCCCCCCGCCACCAUGUCCCUGAGAGCUUCUCUACGCCAUCGCUAUGGCAUCGAGGGCACCCUAUGUAAUGACUGUCUGUACUCCGUCUUCUGUUUGCCCUGUACCUGGUGUCAAAUGUCUCGAGAGAUGAAGACCAGAGUGCAACCCAUCACCCUCAUCAAUACACGGCCUCACUAAGAACCUGGUCAUCAUUAUCAUCAUCAU